AUGACCUUCCCCAUAGCGACCCUCCUUCAUCCCGUCGUAUCACAAGCCCUGGCCGACGCCGAGCAAAAAGCGAAAAACGGUAUCCUGGAGACUCUACCCGGACACCGAAGCAUGGCCUUACGACCCGAAGAGAAUACCAGCGGCCCUCUCGUAGUCAUCACACCUACGUCUCCUAUAGUAUCGGAACAACCCGGGCUACAUUCACCACCAUAUCCGUCUACAAGCCCAACAAGCGACGCACACACAUCUACUUCCAUAGCCCUCACGCCAGACGCCGAAUUCCUCCGCAUCGAGGCCGAACUGGCAAACUGUCAACUGACGCGCGAAGCGCUACAAAGACGCGAAUCCGCACUCAAAGAACGCAAAGCAGAAAUCGUACGGGAAACCAAAAUGCGGCUUGACAAGGAAGUGCGAGAUUUGACGGCACAGGAUCAAGAAGAGAUCGAUCAAGGACUGUUCAUGCGCGAUGUGCAGCGGAGAGUGGAAACGAAGUUGAAGGGGACAGAAAGAGAAGAUGAAGCUUCACCGGAGAAAGUGGACAAAGCAGAGCCAGUGGAAGAGAAGAAAGCCGUACCUAUCAGUGCGCCAGAGCGGAGGAGACUUGCGCGUCUUGCACUGUUGAAGCAAGACCCUAGGCUAGGAAGAUGA